AGAUUCUCAACCACACUACACUUUUUGGGGUCUCUUCUCUUCUCUUCUGACACACACAGAGAGAGAAGAAAGAGAGAGAGAGAGAGAGAGAGAGAAAAUGGAGAAUCUAUGGCGAUCGGCGACGGGUCAAGACCCGAGUCCAGAAGACUACAAAGGCAUCGAGUUCUGGUCGAACCCUGAGCGUUCCGGCUGGCUCACAAAGCAAGGCGAUUACAUCAAAACAUGGCGACGCCGCUGGUUCGUUCUCAAACAAGGCAAGCUUUUCUGGUUCAAGGAUCCCGCCGAUGCCGCCACCAGCUCCGCCACCCCUCGCGGCGUCAUCUCCGUCGCUAAUUGCCUCACCGUCAAGGGCGCCGAGGACCUCCUCCACAAACCCUCUGCCUUUGAGCUCUCAACACCACACUCCACCAUGUUCUUCCUCGCUGAUUCCGAUAAGGACAAGGAGGAUUGGAUCAACUCCAUUGGACGCGCUAUCGUUCAACACUCUCGCUCACUCGCCGACAAUGAAGUCCUUGAUUACGAUAACACCGCGCGCAAUACUCCUCCUGCCUGAGUGGAUCUCUAAGUCCUCAAAAUGAAGGGGUUCAUUUACAUCAGCAUCUUGUGAUAGAGAGCAUGGUGUGACAUGCUGGUAAUAAGGAUUGUGAGGGAACAUAAUGGCAAUGGUUAAAAAAAAAAGCUUUGGACAGCUUAAGUAAUGUAUUUUUUCACAAAUGUAUUUUUUGAUGAAUACAGCCCUUUUUCAAAUGAAUAUUGACAAAUGCUUGGGAGUUUGAAGACAUUAAAUUGUAAAGUAAUCAAUCUGUCUGACAUGUUUAGUGAUUAAAUUCAGUGUCUUGAACUCAUAUUGGUAAAUAAGUUGUUAAUUUGUUUAAUCAGCAUUGAAGGGAAUAUAUAAAUGUUCUCUGUCAAACUAUGAAUUGAGGAGUCAGCAUAUGACUUUUUU